AUGAGUUAAUUAGUGAAAUUUUAAUAGAGACCAUUAAUUAUAGACAUAAAGGUUUUGGAAAAAUUCAUAANUCUAUCCGUCUAUGGGAUGUAAAAACAGGAAAAUAAAAAGCCAAAUUGGAUGGUUAUAAUAAAGCUUUCUUAUCUAUUUGUUUCUCUGUAGAUGGAAACACAUUAGCAACUUGUAGUGAAGAGGGUUCUAUCCAUCUCUGGGAUAUUAACACAAGAAAACAAAUUUAAAUCAUGGAUAAAACUUAUAAAAAUAUUUUGGCUUAAUUUAAAACCCCUUUAUUUUAAAACUACCUUCUACCAGGUAUUUAUUAUUAAUCUAUCUUUAGUAAUGGCUAAUUUACCUAUCCUUAUCAUAUCUUAAUAGGCACUCUUUCAAGCUUAAGGAGCUUUAAUUCUAAAAGGAGAAUUCGUUAAUUAAUCAGGUCUAGAUUUAAAGACUGUAUUUAAACAAAAAGGAAGUUGCUUUUCGGAAACCUUGUUUUAAAAGUGA